AGAUAAAUAAACUCUUAUGUACAAUUAGGUUGAAUGUCCACCACCCAGAACAACGGCAAGAUUAUUAGACAAACUGGUUGGUGAAUUCCUUGAGGAGAAAUGUAUAAAUCCCACAUUCAUAUUGGAUCAUCCUCAAAUUAUGAGCCCACUGUCUAAGUAUCAUAGAGAUAUUCCAGGACUCACUGAAAGGUUUGAACUGUUUGUUAUGAAGAAAGAGAUAUGCAAUGCAUACACAGAAUUGAAUGAUCCAGCUACACAAAGGGAGAGAUUUGAACAGCAGGCAAAGGAUCGUGCAGCGGGUGAUGAUGAAGCACCCCCCACAGAUGAGGCUUUUUGUACUGCUCUUGAAUAUGGUCUUCCACCCACUGGUGGAUGGGGGCUUGGUGUUGAUCGCCUUACUAUGUUCUUAACAGACUCCAAUAAUAUUAAGGAGGUACUACUUUUCCCUGCUAUGAAGCCUGAUGAUCCCAAUAAACAUAACACAGAGGAUGGUGAAGACAAUCAAACAGCUACUCAAAAUGGAGCAUAAUUUAAUAGAAUUGACAUUUUUGUGUUUCUUCAGAAUUUGUUAAACAUACCAGUAAUAAAUAUACUUUACCAUAUUCA